UAGUUCGUGGUCGACAGGAAAAAAAGUCAAAGAAAUAGAAGCGCGUUUUCGCUUCACCCCCCUUUUUCCGCCAGAACCGAAACUCAACGACGCAGGCUUGAAGGGAAAGAAAAGGAUAAAAAAAAUAAAAAAAAAAUAGAGGAAGAGGUUAUAUUUCUCUUUAUCUAUUUAUUCUUAUUAUUCUCAUCCCUACUGUCUCCUCCUCACACUCACAACCACAACCACAAUGCGUCUGUCAUCAUCAACAAUUCUCCUCCUCCCAGCCCUGGCUGCGGCGCAAGAUCAGAUCCCACUCAGGGACCAGGUGCAAGGCUGGUUCAAUAAGGUUAAAUCGUUCCUCCCCACCGCUACCCCCGUGGUGAACUCCGCUGCCAAUUCCGCCGCCGCCGCUGCCACCAGCGCUGCUGCUGGCUCCAAGGGAGGUGCUCCCAAGAUCGUCAAUAAGGAGGUUACCCCCAUCACCGUCGCCAACUGGGAGUCGUUAUUGGCUCCGAAGGAUGACGGCCCAGGGCAGGAGUGGUUGAUUUACGUUACUGGCGGGAAUAAGACGUGCCAUGGCCAGUGUAAGAAGGCGGAUAAGGCGUGGGAGGCCGCCAUCCCCCUCUUCUCCGCCGACGAAACCUCCCCCUCCCUCGCAAAAAUCAACUGCGAAAACAACGGCCUCCUCUGUUCCAUCCUCUCCGCCACCCCCGCCUCCGUCUGGCACUGGCAGGUCCCCGCGCGCAAACCAGGCCAGCCAAAACCAAAGACCCUCGUCCACAUGUCGCGCGUGAACACCACCUCCGUCGACGCUGAGGCCAUCUACAAGGUCCAUUCCGAGAAGACUUGGGAGAACAAACCGGCGUUUGACGGCACGUUCCACCCCGUCGAUGGAAAGCUGGCGCAGUACGGCCUUAGUGUGCCGUUUGGCUAUGUGAUGUAUUACGUCGGUAUGGUGCCUAGCUGGCUUAUGAUGGUCGGGAUCAGCUUUAUUAGUCGGACUUUCAUGAGCCGGAGAAUGGGUCCCCCACGACCCCAGGCUGCUCCGCCCGCGGGUGCUGCGCAGUGAAAGAGCCAAAAGACCAAAAAGCCAAAACGAAAAAUACAAACGAAAUAACAAAAAUGAUAUAUAGAUGUGUAUGUGUAUGAGUUGUUUUCUGUAUGUGUUCGGUAUAGCUCUGUAUUACUGUUUUCUGUUUAUUAUAUAUUAUUUAUUACUAUUACUACUACUAUUUUAUUUUAUUAUAACUACCGGUAGUUUUUUCCCC